GAGAGAGAGAGGAAGAGAGGGAGAGAGAGAGGAAGAGAGAGAGAACGUUUUACAGCCUCAUGCAGAAAAGUGAUUUAUAAAACAGGACAGUGAGAGCGAUGGAGAGAAUGAAAAAUAAACUUCCUGUGAUGGGUCUGGGCCGGUCAGCUGAUCUGAGACCGGGCGAGUUCGUGGUGGCCAUCGGGAGUCCGUUUUCACUGCAGCACACGGUGACGACGGGGAUCGUCAGCACCACGCAGAGGGGCGGGAAAGAGCUCGGCCUACGCAACUCCGACAUGGACUACAUCCAGACCGACGCCAUCAUCAACUACGGAAACUCAGGAGGACCCCUGGUUAAUCUGGACGGUGAAGUGAUCGGAAUAAACACUCUGAAGGUGACCGCGGGAAUCUCCUUCGCCAUUCCAUCCGACAAGAUCAAGGAAUUUCUCACCGAGUCCUACGACAGACAGGCCAGAGGUCGAGUAACAACUAAGAAGAAAUACAUCGGUAUUCGGAUGAUGUCGCUGACGCCCGAGCUGGUGAAGGAGCUGAAAGUGAAGCUGGGAGAUUUUCCUGACGUCACGUCUGGGGCUUACGUGGUCGAGGUCAUCUCCAAAACUCCAGCAGCAGUAGGUGGAGUGAAGGAGAAUGACAUCAUCAUUUCGGUUAAUGGGGUGCGGAUUUCCUCGGCUGCUGAUGUCAGUGCUGUAAUUAACACACACGCCACGCUGCACAUCGUCGUUCGCCGUGGCAACGAGGACGUCCCUCUCACUGUUGUCCCCAUGGAGAUCGACCCUUGACCUCGACUCUCCACCUGUCUGUGGUUUGGUGGGCUGAGGCCAAUCAGUGAUGGCUUUCUAAUGAUUGACAGGGUGAAGCUCCGCCUUAAAAUGCAUAUUGAUGGAGAUUUACAUGUAUUUUUAUUUUAUUUGAUCAUUUUGUUAAAAAGCGUUGAAUUAAAAUAUUAUUGUUGUUUACAUUUUACAAAAUAAGCCUUACUUUAGUUACUGUUGAUUUUUUUUUUUUUUUUUUUUUUAUUUUUAAAAAGAUAAAUAUUGAUAAAAGGUUCAUGAAAUAAGAAAAGCUCUCAGCCUGAGCACACGGAGAAAAAUUAGGAACAUUUGAAGAAUUUUUGCUGGAUUUUACAUAUUUUUUGUAAAAUAAAAAUAAUUUUUACUGAAUAAGAUUCAGAUCUUUUUAAAGAUCUUUUUUAAAAGAUGUCUUUAAAUAUUUUGCUUAUUAUUCUGCUUAUUAAAAAAACCCGAAAUACUGCGA